GUUGACUUUGAUUUCUGUUUGCGGUCUCUGACUGAAGUGAUGAAGAAUUUAACUCCAAUUUAGCUCAAAUUCACCCCAAGAUGUCGCUUGAUUCCUCUUUACCGCCUCAUCUAGCCUACUUCGUCGCUGGCUCGAUCGCUGUAUCUUAUGUUGCUAUCUUGUAUUUACUUCCAGCAGCCCGAUCUAAGCCUUGGGAGAAGGAUCCGCUCACCGGUCAACCGAGGGACCGUCAGCACCCAGCCGUGAUUCGUGCCAGGCUCUUUGCCGUCACUUUCGUUACCUUCUUCAGUGUCUUUCUAAUUGGAACUCUCAUUCAAAUCUAUGGAGGGAAUACUUUAUCCGACAAUCCAAUUCGAGCAACGCUAGAAUUGACAGGCUUCCUUCCAACUGACUCAAUUUUAGCAUAUCUUCGACUUCAAAUCCAGCCUCUAGUCCUCACGGCUAUUCUCUUCCUUGGACCACUUUACACUCAACUUCUCCUGCAGUCUUCUAAUCAUGUUGAAGCAUUCAGUUUUCGUGAUUUGUUUGAUUUACAACACAUCAGGAACUUGAUCAUUGGGCCCAUUACUGAAGAAAUCGUUUUUAGAGGUUGUAUCAUUGCUACUUAUUUACUCAUCGAUCCUCAACUUCGACCAUCAGCUACUCAGAUCACCUUUCUUUCUCCGCUAUGGUUUGGGGCAGCUCAUGUUCACAGUAUUCGGGAAACAUAUGUGUCCAAUGACCGUACGCGACAAGCAUUACUGAGAGGAAGUAUGAUAUCAUUGUUCCAGUUUGCCUAUACGACAGUAUUUGGUUGGUAUGCGAGCUUUAUCUACUUACGCACAGGAUCAGUCGUUGCCGCUAGUCUUUGUCAUAGUUUUUGUAAUUUCAUGGGCUUCCCUCCACUCUUUGAUUCUUUAAAGGAAUUCCCACAUCGGCGAACAUCAAUUGUGAUAAGCUACUUGUUAGGUAUCAGUUUAUUUACCAUAUCCGUUCGAGCUUGGAUCACAAAUCGUGAUUCUUUCCCAGAUGCAAAGCUUACCUGGUGGGACUUAAAAUGAAGAUCACUCCAAGUUAUUUUUUGUUUGGACCAGUUUCAAAUAUAUGAAAUUUUUGUUUUUCCUGGGGUGUGAUCGUCCUGUGUGUUAAUCUUCGCAAAAAAUGCUAAUCUAGAUUC